UCGUCGAAAUGGAACAUUUUAACGCAAACCUAGUACGACAUUUUCCCCUAAUAUCAUUGGCAAUUAUUUUAAGUGCAUCAUGCAGUUCAAUAGAUGCUCUAGCUUCAAAUAAGUCGGAAAAUUUCCAAGAAUUUCAAUAUUGUUUAAAAAAAUCAACAAAUCCCAAUUUAAAAGAGUGCAUUGGUCGCAGUGCCAUCAACUUUUUGCAAAGAUUCGAAGAAAAAGAAAAUGUAACGCUGGCAAAGGAUUUCAUAGCCACCAAAGGAGAUAAUGUGGCGAGCAGAUCAUUGGUGAACUUUUUGGAUACCGAUCCAGUGGAUAUUAGAGGUAUUCUUGAAAAUGCCGGAGCAGUUUUCAGUCAACGUUCAUUGGAGUGGCAUAUGGAUUCCCUGUAUCCAGGACUGAUGUUUAAAAUUGGUCCCUCAGCAGAUGCGAAUAGUGUAGCACAGUUUAUGCUAGAUCCAACCAUAGAUGAAAGAAAUUUCAAUUACGAGGAGCCUUCAACAGCUCGCAUUUUAACCAAACAAUAUCUGUUGCCAUUUCUGCUCGGGCUGAAAUUUAAUUUGGUAGCACUGGUGCCCUUACUGUUUGCCAUCAUUUGUUUGCUGUUGAAAAAGUCGUUGUUUAUAGCAAAAUUGGUGGUGUAUGUUAGCAGCAUUUUAGGCAUUGGUGGAGUUGCGGGCUCUUUGGCUUCAGUGGGUAAUUGGGGCAGUCUCUUUGGUGUUCCACCGCUGCCGCCACCCAUACCACCACCACAUCAAGGGGCACAUUUUCCAGGUGCUGUGGGCUAUUUUCCGGGUAAGCAUACCGUCUUCUCGCAAUAUGACCAAGAUGAAUUGCAGCAUUCGGGACCCUACAAACGUCAAGAUCGUAAAGUUAUUUUCGAUAAGCCAAGAGAAGAUGAUAGCAAGAACAGUGUAAAAACUAGUUCCAGUGUCAGGCAAACAACAGCUUCGCCAGUAUUGACAACACCGGCAGUGGAUAAUUUCUAUAAUUAUGAGAAACAGAUGUUGAUGCAGGAUCGCAGUGAAAGAAUGAGGCAUAGUAAUGGCAAAUUGGGACCCUCGGCCUACGAUGAGGACUAUGAUGAAGUCGCUGGGGUGAUAAAUGUAUCGUCAAAUCAUCGUUUUAAGACUUCAAAUGACAACUCGGGUUGGAAAAUUAUAAGAGUUUAACUUAUUAUAGUUGUAGUGUAGGAUAUUUUAAUAUAAGUAUGCUUUAAGUUUUGAAUAAAAGUAAUGUAUGUUAAACUAA